GCCAGCCUGGAGGACUCGCUGGCCCACAACGUGAUCCACGGACUGACCAACGGAUGCUUCGAGCGCGCCGCGGUGGCAGAGCGCCUUCCCUCCGGUGACAUCGUGGACGUGGUGAUGGGCGUCAACCUGAAGCAGUGCGAGCACCGCUGCAGCAACACCCGACCGCCGUGCGGCGCCUUCAGCUUCGGCGUGCACAGUGGCGGCAACACGACGUGCGAGCUGGGGCGGACGUCCUCGGCGCGCAUCAACCAGGACCCCGACUUCGACCUGUACGUCCGCCGGCCCGAGUGCGACGGCGAGCCCCCGGAGGCGCCGUCGCUGCAGCGGCCCCACCGACUCAGGCCGCCGCAGCCGCCGCAGCCGGCGGCGUCCUGGGCAGACCUCCGCGCGCAGGCGAGCCUCCAGGAGGCGGUGGAGACGUCGCCGCCUCCAGGGAGUGACGCGUGA